AUGGUCAAUAUCGAAUCCCUUCAUCUUCCGCAAGAUGCAGAAGUCGACAAACUCACAACCACCUCCCCUCCAUCAUCAGCCGAAGGCUCUUCCACUUCCCCAUCCGAUCCAUUAACAAAACUAAUUACCAAAGUAAAAACCCAUCCCAAUGAUUUAUCCAACUGGGAUAAAUUAAUAUCAGAAUAUGAAAGAUUGAUCGACAAUUCAGAAUCCCCCCAAUCCGUAUCACAAGACAUCAAAGAUGGAAUCAAAAACACAUAUAAAUCAUUAUUAAGUCGCUUCCCAUAUUUGAUUUCAUAUUGGAAAAAUUGGUCAAUCAUGGAAUAUAAAAUAAAUGGAACCCAAGCAUCCAUUAAAGUCCUAGAAAUUGGCAUUGAAAAUUUUCCGCAAUGUGUUUCGCUCUGGGUUGAUUAUUUAUCGGCAUUGAUAUCGACAUUUGGAGAAGACUUGAAGACUAAGGAAGAGAAUGUGAAGAAGAUUAGGGAAGUUUAUGGGGAGGGAUUGAGAUAUAAUGGAUAUCAUUUCAAUUCUCAUUCGUUAUGGGAUAAAGUGUUUGAAUUUGAAAAGGGGUUGAUGGCAAUACUGGGCGGGAAUUCGACUGAGGUUUUGGGAUUGUAUUUGAGGGUGAUUAAGGUUCCGUUGUACGAAUAUGCGAAAUAUUAUAAUCAAUUCACGGAGAUUUGUAAAUCAUAUGAUAUUCAAUCUAUAGUUCCAAAAGAGAGGAUGGAGAGUUAUUUGGAAAAGUUUAAUAAAACGAAAUUGGAACAUUUAUCCUUGAUUGAAAAACAUCAGAUAAUUGAUGAUUAUACAUAUAGUGUUUUCUCCGAGACCCAGGCGAAGGUGAAUUCCAAUUGGCAAUUUGAAUCAUCAUUAGAAUAUCAAGAAUUCUCAAUUAAGAAUCUUAAAGAGAUUGCAAAAGAACAAGAAACUUGGAUAUCAUAUAUCGACAAAGAACAAUCCAUCUAUCUCGCCCUCCUUAUCCAAGCCAACGACACCACCGCCAUUCAGAAUCAAUUCGAUCUAGUUCAGAACUUAUAUCAACGAUGUCUAAUCCCCAAUUGUCUAGAUUCCAAAAUUUGGUUGAAAUAUAUUGAAUUCUUACAUAAACUGCAUUUAAAACCUGAUGAGAAAUUCGAAACUAUCCAACAAGUCUACCAAUUAGCAAUUUCAAAAUUUAUCCCAAUUGAUGAAAAUAAAUUCAGAUUCAUAUAUGGGAAGUUUUUAUUACGAUAUGAGAAAUAUGACGCCGUGAAUGAGUAUUUAUUCGAUUGGUUGAAAUUCACCAGUGGAUCAUCCGGGAGUAAUACGGUUUAUUAUAAAUCGUCAUAUCUUGAGACGAUUAAGGAGAUUUGUGAUGUUUGGAUCAAGUUAUUGGGACAGGGGAGAUUUGUUGAAAUUUGUGAUAGGUUGAUAGUAGGAUAUUUUGAUAAGAUAGAUAGAUAUACCAAAAAGAAACAACCAACAACAACCAAGAAAUCGGACGCUAUGAAUGGGGGAUAUGUUUCUGAUUUUGAAUUAUCAGAGAAAUUUAUUUCUCUGGUUGGGAAAUUCUUAAACGAUGAAUCUAUUUGUGUGAUUGUGGGAUCAUAUUUGAAUAUCAUAUCGAGAGAUGCUGGUGGUUCCAAUACGGAGAAGAUUAGGAAAUUUUUCAAUAAGUAUCAUAAAGAGAAUUGUUUCAAGAAAUCAAUAUUAUUUUGGAAAUUUUAUUUCGAUUUCGAAACUAUUCAAAAUCAUAAUAUCCAUAAUGUAAGAUAUAUCAUCAAUUAUAUCCGGAAUGAAACACAAUUACCGAAAAUAUUCAUUGAUAAUUUCAUUGAUUUGAAUUAUGAAUUUUCAUCGGCGAAUAUCUUGGGUAUACUUUCCGAAACCAAUGGAUCGUCAGAUCCAAUGAUGAUUAUGAGAGAUUUGGAUAAAUCAAAUUCAAUCUUUUAUAAUAAAUCAAGUUGGAAACGAUUAGCCAAAAACAACUACCUUAUAAAAGAUAAAUCCACAGGACAUCAUCAAUUUGAAGAAGAAUUGGUGAAAUUGAGUCAGAAACAUAUCGGACAUCCUGGGGUUUUAGUAGAAGUGACACCUGAUAUUACGAAUAAGAUUAUGAAUGAAGGGAAUGAAAUUGAUUUAUCGGAUCCAGAAUUACAAAUCCCUCCAUUACCGACUUAUAAAAAUGUUGAAAAAGCAUCUGCACCAAUUAAUUUUCCAAAAGAAUAA